CCCCCACCCCCCCCCCCCCCCACCCCCCCCCCCCCCCACCCCCCCCCCCCCCCACCCCCCCCCCCCCCCACCCCCCCCCCCCCCCACCCCCCCCCCCCCCCACCCCCCCCCCCCCCCACCCCCCCCCCCCCCCACCCCCCCCCCCCCCCACCCCCCCCCCCCCCCACCCCCCCCCCCCCCCACCCCCCCCCCCCCCCACCCCCCCCCCCCCCCACCCCCCCCCCCCCCCACCCCCCCCCCCCCCCACCCCCCCCCCCCCCCACCCCCCCCCCCCCCCACCCCCCCCCCCCCCCACCCCCCCCCCCCCCCACCCCCCCCCCCCCCCACCCCCCCCCCCCCCCACCCCCCCCCCCCCCCACCCCCCCCCCCCCCCACCCCCCCCCCCCCCCACCCCCCCCCCCCCCCACCCCCCCCCCCCCCCACCCCCCCCCCCCCCCACCCCCCCCCCCCCCCACCCCCCCCCCCCCCCACCCCCCCCCCCCCCCACCCCCCCCCCCCCCCACCCCCCCCCCCCCCCACCCCCCCCCCCCCCCACCCCCCCCCCCCCCCACCCCCCCCCCCCCCCACCCCCCCCCCCCCCCACCCCCCCCCCCCCCCACCCCCCCCCCCCCCCACCCCCCCCCCCCCCCACCCCCCCCCCCCCCCACCCCCCCCCCCCCCCACCCCCCCCCCCCCCCACCCCCCCCCCCCCCCACCCCCCCCCCCCCCCACCCCCCCCCCCCCCCACCCCCCCCCCCCCCCACCCCCCCCCCCCCCCACCCCCCCCCCCCCCCACCCCCCCCCCCCCCCACCCCCCCCCCCCCCCACCCCCCCCCCCCCCCACCCCCCCCCCCCCCCACCCCCCCCCCCCCCCACCCCCCCCCCCCCCCACCCCCCCCCCCCCCCACCCCCCCCCCCCCCCACCCCCCCCCCCCCCCACCCCCCCCCCCCCCCACCCCCCCCCCCCCCCACCCCCCCCCCCCCCCACCCCCCCCCCCCCCCACCCCCCCCCCCCCCCACCCCCCCCCCCCCCCACCCCCCCCCCCCCCCACCCCCCCCCCCCCCCACCCCCCCCCCCCCCCACCCCCCCCCCCCCCCACCCCCCCCCCCCCCCACCCCCCCCCCCCCCCACCCCCCCCCCCCCCCACCCCCCCCCCCCCCCACCCCCCCCCCCCCCCACCCCCCCCCCCCCCCACCCCCCCCCCCCCCCACCCCCCCCCCCCCCCACCCCCC